CACGCCAAGUAAACUCACAGCUUACAAAAGAACAAAAACUCUUCAUCUAAACAACAGAAGAAAAAACAUAUCUCAUCCAUCUCCCGUCAUGGCACCUGCUACUGCUCUACUCUACCACACCACGGUUAUCCCCGCGGGAAAAUCUUCAUCCUCCGACAUGAAGCUUUCCGUCUUCGAUCUCCCAAUGCUCUCCACUCAUUACAUUCAAAAGGGCUGCCUCUACGACACUCUCCCCCAUUUCCCCCAUUUCGUCUCCUUGCUCGAGUCCUCCCUUUCCAAGACUUUGACCCACUUCCCACCCCUCGCCGGCCGGCUCGUCACCGACUCAAACGGACACAUUUACGUCACAUGCAACGACGCCGGAGCCCACUUCGUCCACGCCGUCGCCGCCGGCGUUUCGGUCGGAGACGUCCUUGGCUCCCCCGGUGACGAUGUCCCGGAGGUGGUCAAAGAAUUCUUCGCGUUUGACCUGACGGUCAGCUACCGGGGCCAUUUCAUGCCUCUCCUCGCCGUUCAGGUGACGGAGCUCGCCGACGGGGUCUUCGUCGGGCUCUCCGUCAAUCAUGCCGUCAUAGACGGCACCUCCCUUUGGAAUUUUUUCAACGCAUUCGCGGAGGUCGCCAGAGGAGUGGAGAGGAUCGCGCGGAGGCCUGAAUUAAGCCGGAGCUCUGUUUUUUGCUCGCCGGCGGUGCUGAAACUCCCCGACGGGGGUCCCAAGGUCGCCUACGACGUUGAUGCUCCGGUGAGGGAGAGGAUAUUCAGCUUCACAGGGGAAUCGAUUUCGCGGUUAAAAUUGGAAGUCAACGGGGACGUUGACCCCGCGAACGCGAUGUCGUCGUUCCAGUCGCUGUGCGCGUUGGUGUGGCGUGCAAUCACGCGCGCUAGGAAAUUCCCGCCUUCCAAAACAACGACGUUCCUUAUGGCGGUGAACUGCCGGCACCGGGUGGAGCCAAAGCUGGACCCGUAUUACUUCGGCAACGCCAUACAGGGAAUCCACGCGCACGCAAGCGCCGGGGACGUGGCGUCACGUGACCUCCGGUGGUGCGCCGGGAAAUUAAACGAGAUCGUGAGGGCGCACGGUGACGCUGCGGUGAGGAGGUGCGUAGAGGAUUGGGAGAGGGACCCGCACUGCUUCCAGAUGGGGAACUUUGACGGGGCGACGAUCACGAUGGGGAGCUCGCCGAGGCUCCCGAUGUACGACAACGAUUUCGGGUGGGGAAGACCGGUUGCGGUCCGAAGCGGUCGGGCCAAUAAGUUUGACGGCAAUAUUUCGGCUUUUCCCGGCCGAGAAGGCGGCGGGGCUGUGGAUUUAGAAGUUGCCCUCUCACCUGAAAUAAUGGCGGGGUCAUCGUCUUCCUCCACCCAACUUGAGAAGGAGAUCACCGGGAAAACUGAGAAGCGGCAAAAAAGAAAGAAAAAAUUAAAAGACAUAUUAUAUAUUAUUAUCAUCAUGGAGGGAGGAGGGAAGUUGAAGGCAAUGGACGCAGAACAGCUGAGAGAGUGCGGUCACAAAAUGGUGGAUUUCAUUGCCGACUACUACAACAACAUUGAGACCUUCCCUGUUCUCAGUCAAGUUCAGCCAGGGUAUCUACGCGAGAUUCUGCCAGAAUCUGCACCUACAUACCCCGAGACAUUGAAGGAUGUUCUUCAAGAUGUGGAGAAAAAGAUAUUGCCGGGAGUUACGCAUUGGCAAAGCCCGGACUUUUAUGCAUAUUUUCCAUCAAACAACAGCGUGGCUUCAUUUCUGGGGGAAAUGCUUAUUUCUGGAUUGAGUGUUGUGGGUUUCAGCUGGAUCAGCUCUCCAGCGGCAACAGAACUGGAAAUGACUGUUUUGGAUUGGGUCGCCAAAGCACUCAACUUGCCACACUCUUUUCUCUCAACGGGAAGUGGGGGUGGAGUUAUACAAGGGUCGGCCAGUGAAUCUGUUCUUGUGGUGCUUUUGGCGGCACGCGACAAAAUUCUGAGGCGAGUGGGAAAAGAGUGUUUGGGGAAGCUUGUGGUCUAUGCAUCUGAUCAGACUCAUUCAUCUGUACAAAAGGCCUCCCGGAUAGCAGGAAUAUAUCCAGAAAAUUUUCAUUUCAUAAAGACAGACUCAUCUAGUGAAUAUGCUAUAUCUCCAAACUCACUCCAACAAGCUAUAUCACAAGACAUUGCAGCUGGUUUAAUCCCCUUCUUCCUAUGCGGAACUGUUGGUACUACUUCAUCAACUGCCAUUGAUCCCUUACCAGCACUUGGGAGUAUUGCUAAGAGCAAUGGGAUGUGGUUUCAUGUGGAUGGUGCGUAUGGUGGGAGUGGUUGUAUAUGUCCUGAGCUUCGACACCAUUUGGACGGUGUCGAAGAAGCUGACUCCUUCACAAUGAAUGCACACAAAUGGUUUCUUACCAAUUUCGACUGUUCUCUGCUUUGGAUUAAGGAGCGAAGUGAUCUCAUUCAGGCCCUCUCAACUAACCCUGAAUACCUUCAAAAUAGGGCUACUGAAGAGAACAUGGUGGUAGAUUACAAAGAUUGGCAAAUUCCUCUCGGUCGCAGGUUCAGAUCGCUUAAAUUAUGGAUGGUUUUAAGACUGUAUGGCUUGGAGAUGCUUGAGAACUACCUGAGGAACCAUAUAGAAUUGGCCAAACUGUUUGAGGGACUUGUUUCCGGCGACCCCAGGUUCGAGGUGGUGACGCGCAGAAACUUCUCGUUAGUGUGCUUUCGGCUCCGGUCGCCAGCUGGUGAUGGGAAUGACGACGGCGAAGCUCAUUCCAACAAACUCAGCCGCGAUCUUCUUGAAUACGUCAACUCCUCCGGGAAGAUGUUCAUAACCCACACCGUUCUCUCUCACAACAAAUACGUUCUGCGCCUUGUGGUGGGAGCCCCACUCACUGAAGAGAGGCAUAUCAUUUCCGCUUGGAAACUCCUGCAGGAUGGGGCCGCCAUUGCUCUCUUAAACAACCCACUCUAAUUAUUAACCUACUCUUUUGUUUCUCCCUGUUAUUUAGUGCAAAUUUACGCGAUAUUUACUAUUUAUGCAGUAUCAAUUAUUGUAAUGCACUUUGAUUAAACUGUUGUUGAGUGG